UUUCUUUCCGGUGGGCCCAGCACCAUAGAGGGUCGCCCCCGCCACGUUCCUAGAGCGGCCGCGCGGCGCCGUCUGACGGCGAGGCCCGCACUUCCGGCGGCGCGAGGGGCACCCAGCGAGCGAGCGAGCCAAGGCGGCGGGCGGCCCGCUGCGCGAAAAUUGAGCUGUAUAGCUCUAGGAAGUGAAACUUCAGUUCAGAAGAAGAGAGCGGACUCUUUAAGAAUACAUUUGGUUCAUCAUCAUGCGGUUAGGAAAACCAAAGGGAAGUAUUUCUCGGAGCUCGAGCCAAGGAAAAGCCUAUGAGAAUCCGCGCAAGACAGGGCGGCAGCGGCAAAAAUGGGGAAUGACUGUUCGAUUUGACUCAAGCUUCAGUAGACUGAGAAGAAGCCUGGAUGAGAAGCCUUAUAAAUGUACUGAAUGUGAGAAGAGUUUCAGUCAGAGCUCAACUCUUUUUCAACACCAGAAGAUUCACACUGGAAAGAAAUCCCAUAAAUGUGCUGAUUGUGGGAAAAGUUUCUUUCAGAGCUCUAACCUCAUUCAGCAUCGGCGGAUCCAUACCGGGGAAAAACCCUAUAAAUGUGAUGAGUGUGGAGAAAGGUUUAAACAGAGCUCAAAUCUCAUCCAGCACCAGAGAAUUCAUACUGGAGAAAAACCCUAUCAGUGUGAUGAGUGUGGUCGAUGUUUCAGCCAGAGUUCCCACCUUAUUCAACAUCAGAGAACCCACACAGGGGAGAAGCCCUAUCAGUGCAGCGAAUGUGGCAAAUGCUUCAGCCAGAGCUCUCAUCUUAGGCAGCACAUGAAGGUGCAUAAAGAAGAGAAACCUCGUAAAACCCGAGGCAAAAAUAUCAGGUCAAAAACUCACUUAGUGUCAUCCUGGAAAGCCGGUACAGGUAGGAAGUCAGUGGCUGGUCUCCGCUAAGGAAAGGGCGCCACUUCAGCCUUCUUUAAAAAAUAAAUAAAUAAAAGCUAUCUCUUUUAGAACUGGAGAUAUUUUGUAAUAGAGCGCUUAAAUACUAUAUCCUUUCCUAGCAUGGAGACAUUGUAAUGACAUUGGGCUGAAAGAAGCUAUGAGUCCAGCUGUUCUCAUCUUUUUUUUUUUUUAAUGUAACUUGGAGUACAAAAAACUGACACUGUGUUUUGAGAGAAUAUAAGAUUCGUGACCUCAUGUGAUAAUUGCUUCCUGCAUCAUUUUGACAAAAACAACCAUGUUUUGAUGACACGUGUAAAAGUGCAGGUAUUCUGAUGACUCCUCAGCUUUAGGACUUCCUGUGGAAGGCAUAAUUAAAAGGGAGAGGAAAUUAAUUCCAUUAGUUUGGAAGUUCUGCAACCGAUGAGGAGAUUUUAUGUUUGUAAAGUUUUGUAGUAUAUUAACCAUUGGUUUGUAAGUAUGACUCAAGAUUCAGCAUAUUAACAUGUAUUCAUGUUCACAGAUUUUUAAUCCACAAAGCCCAUCACUCUGUUAGCUUUGUUUUUUGUUUUUUUUCCCUUCUGCUUAUGGACAGUUAUUAAUUAAAGGAAUUGAAUUUCCCUUUUUCACCAAAUUCUUAGAGAUAUUCUAGAAGCCAAAGUGAGAACUGAAUUAGACCACAGUUCUGUUCUUAGAAGCGCAGUUCUUUGAGGUGGUGGUACACUGUGUCACUUGUUUUCCAGAAGUUGGGGUGGACUUAUGUUGGUCCAUCCCCAUGCCUUUGUCUUUUGGCAUUCUCUUAUGCUCUGACAAACUGAGCUAGCCUUUUAGAUCUACCUGAAUAAAUAAUUAAACCAUAUACCAACACACCUCAACUUGUUAAUUAGAAAUCUACAAUCUAUACAUUUCCUUGUUUACCCCCUUUGAGAGUUUUGGGUAACACUGGUUAUCUUAAACAAAUGUUUGUCAAUAGUGAAAGUAAUUUAAUUCAAGUGUCAGUGCAUUUGUAGCUCCGUGUGUAGAUUUUGAAAUGUAAGCUAACUUUCUCUGCAUUAAUAUGAAUUAUUUAUGAAGUCAAGCACACGUUUCUUAACUUUCAUCAGAACAGUGCCAAGUGUCAGACUUUCUGACCAGCCUUCAGCUCAGGUUUUAAUUUCUCUUGAAUGCUAACAUUCUUCUGAUUUUUUUUUUGUAUCUUUUAUAAUCAUACCAGUUCCUGCUGUAUUAAUGAUAGUUAUCCAUAAAAAUAAAACAAUAGAAUAUUUUGCAUACUACUAUCCUCUGCUUAUUUUGCUCCUGGGAAAUUGUUUUAAUGAAAUAGACAACACUUAAAAUCACAGCUUUUGGAAGCAUCACUUGAUUUGCCUGUUUUCGAUUUCCUCAAGCUUGAACUUUGCCUCCCUCCUGGCCUUGCAUUUGAGUGCAAGUCAUAGAAGAUGGUCUCCUUGACAACAGUUUCGUCCAACAGAAUAUCCACAAAGUGUUUCGUGAGUGUGAGUUGGUUGCAGUUAUCUUUUACAAAAAACGACCAUGACCACUUAGCAGGUGUCCUGUUAAUCACAGCCAGGUGGCUUUGCAGCCAGGGCAUGGCUGUAGGGCCAUUUCGAGGAUCUACCAUAAGUAUUACAGCAGUUUUGUGUCUGGAGUAACUUCCGACUGGGACCAACGCCACUUUAAGAAUUCGCCAGUUUUGACAGCAACGUGCAACAGAAAGACCUCUGUAUAUUGUUAGCUUUCAUAAUUUAUAUUUUUUACCCUGAAUGACUUCCAUAUUCUGUACAGAAGUAAAGCAAAUACUCUUCUUACGUAUUCCCAGUUUGCCUGUGGUAUGCAUUUCUUCUCAGAGCCCUAAAACUAGAAGCGGAUAGGUCAGUAACAUGGUAGCCUUCUGUAGUCACUAACGUGCCCUGCAGCAGCCUUCACCUCCUUUUAUGAGCAUCUUACGAGGGAAAUAACACAGCUGCUUUAAGUUAAUGAAUUAAAGGACGUGUUCUGCUACUAGAAAUUGAGUUACAGGAGAAUGUGAAUCUGAUAGGCACUGCCUCUGAGUACAGUCUCGCAUGAAAAUACGCUGCCUCUCAAUAUUCUGAAUUUCCAUCAUUACUCAGGGUUACAAAACUGAAUCCUUUGACUCCUCUGGCAGGCUCCUUUCUUACACAAUCUCUGGAUGUUUUACUUGGGAAGAAAAUAAAAGCUCCAAGGUUUUUUUUG